UCCUGUAAGGCUCCUAUACAUAUAACGAUACUAUGUAACAGAGGGUUGUACCAAGCAGAUUAGGCUAACAAAAAUUGUUCGCGGUCUUCAACAAGCAUUGAUCAUCCUGCAAGAGGACAAAUCAGGAUGUACACAAUCUUCAACACACGUGCAAACAUCGUUCAAAAGGAAAGAUCAGAAUUUGUAUUCGUUUCCUUGGUAUUAAUAUCCAACUAGCUUUAUUUUGGAUCAAUUCGACCGUUUUACUUCUUGACGAAACUUUUUAUUUUCGAAAGCAGAUGUGGAACUGCGAGAGUGGGAUGCGUUUUGGGGAAAUUCGCGAUUGGGCGAGGGUAGCAAGGGUUGGAGCGGACAAGUAGCAAGAGUCGACGGUACGGGUGGACGCGCUGUGAGAAAGCCCAUAAAAGGGAGAUCGCGAGGGUGUUCGGAGCACAGUCGCGCACCGUCUGUCCGUUAGUACGGUACGCGGCACUCCUCGACGUACGUGCUACGCUCGGUCGGAGCAUCAUCUCGGGACGAGCAACAGUUAUGCCCUCAGAUCAUCGCGUCAUUGGCUGACACGGUCCAAUAUUUAAACUUCGUCACGCGUGUGUGCGCGUACGUAUGGCGUAUGGCCCACUCAAUGGUAUGGCAUCGCGGGACAUUGUUCUUUGCUUCUUCCUCGCCGCGCACCUCUACUCAAGUUUCGGUCAAACGAUGCCGAAGUCCGAGCUCCAGCCAGAAUUUCUAGCACUCUUGGAGAACCACACGGUCAUUCAAGGUCGUGACGUCUCCUUCACCUGCGUCGUUAAUCAUCUUCAAACUUACAAGGUCGCCUGGUUAAAGUCGGACUCCAAAGCUAUCCUGGCCAUUCAUACGCACAUGGUCGCGCACAACCCACGGCUGUCUGUCACUCACAACGGACAUAACACGUGGAAACUGCACGUGACCAACGUUCAACCGAACGACUCUGGCACGUACAUGUGUCAAGUUAAUACGGAACCCAUGAGGAGCCAGACGGGUCACAUGAAGGUAGUGAUACCGCCCGAUAUCAUGGAUUUGGACGACUCGGCCGACCUCCUAACGGCUAAAGAGAACAGUGAUCUGCGAUUACGGUGUCGGGCCACAGGGACGCCGAAACCUAUGGUCACCUGGAAGCGGGAGGAUGGCCGAAAUAUCACCCUUCGAACCGAGCACGGUGUUAAACGAGUGAAGGUGCACGAGGGGGAGCAGCUUUAUCUAACAGGGAUUCUGCGUCAGGAAAUGGGCUAUUACCUUUGCAUCGCGUCGAACGGCGUGCCGCCGUCAGUCAGCAAAAGAUAUUACGUCAACGUUCGGUUUAAACCACUGAUUAAAGUCCCCAACCAAUUAGUAGCGGCACCUGCUAACAGCGACGUCGUUCUUCAUUGCUACGUCGAGUCCUCGCCGAAAGCUCUGAAUACAUGGUACAGGGACGACGGUAUAAAGUUAUUGCCGGACGAGAAACACAAUCUAUCGGAGGUGCCGUUGAACGAUUAUGCAUAUCAAUUAAAUCUGACCAUCAAGAGAUUGAGCAGGGACGACUUCGGCAGCUACACCUGCUCCGCGGAGAAUCUACUCGGCAAGGCCGAGGGAACGAUAAGGCUGCAAGAAUUGUUUCUACCGAGGACCACCUUAGCGCCGACCCGCAACACGGAUUUCAACGAUAAAUACGGAUCAAAGAAACAAAGCGAUAGAAAGGGUAAAUUGCUCUCGUUUGGACGCGACGGUUUGUCGAAAAAUAGUGGAAAUGUGGGUCACACGACAACGAUGUUGAGGAGAAAUAGUUCGAACGCUUUGACGGACGUGAACGCGAAAAAAUCGAAAGUUUCAUCAUACCCGGCACCGGCACCUGCGCCAGCGCAUUUUCCCCCGACCCAGCUGAAUGUCCAGAACAGCGUCACUUCGCUGCGACGUUGUCGAUUAAACUGCGUAGCAUUAAUGUUCGCUUUCGUAGUGAUCGUCGUAUGUAGUUCGUAAAAGUGUCCGUCGUGUACAGACCGCACGACGAGUACAAAUUACGUUAACAGUAGGCCAAAAGAAUAUCGAAAACAAUCCAAUUGCGUCCUGGCUUCCGGUUACUUUACGUUCCCGAAAUGUUACCGAGAUUUUACGUUUCACCGCCGACGCGGACUCGUCGCUUCCCUUAUACUAAUUAAACGGUUGCGUCACCUUCACAGCGAGAACGAUCAAUUUUCUUUUUUUUUUGUUUGUUGUUGUUGGGAGGUGGUAGAUGAGGCUGCGUUCUUGCGAUUGAGGAUAAUUAAAAUAUAGUAGAACUCCAUUUGUCCGAAUUAGGGGACUAAUCAUCAGGUUUGGAUGACUGGAUAGUUGAUACAACUUGAGUCCACGAAUUUUCAUCGCUUAUGGUAGAUUCGAGUCAUCUUCAACCAGACUUUGAUAAUAAAAAGUUACGUUUGUAACCCAAUGCUUUUAAUGUUUUUAACCCAAGUACUAUUGGUUAACACGUUGAUUGCCACGCUGAUUCAUAUGGAAAUGUGUACGAGACUAAAAUUUUGUCUCGAGACUAUUGGGAAUUAUAGAAUCUAUCAUUUGUCGUAUUACCAAUUUUUAUAUCCCUGUACAAAUUUACGAAUUCUAUCUAGAUUCGUUUUCAUUAACACUCAGUCCUUAAAAUUAAUCGUUGAAGUUCUUCAGUGAAAAGCUCUGUCACCCAUAUAUGGGUGACGUGGCGUUCAACGUGUUAAAUGGAGUUCUACUGUACAUACCAAUCUAUUAUAACCUAUAACAUAUAUUACAACAUAUUGUGGCAUAAGACGAAGAAAAAGAUCUGAAGGGAAAUAAUUGUUUUUUUCUGAGCAUUUGAAGUCGGAGGGUAAUAAACUUGGUGGAAGAAAGUCUCGUUGAAGUAAUCGUGCCGAGAAAAUAUGUCACCUGUUGCGAGACUAUUUAAAUAAGAUCGGUGGAUAUGGAUAACGACUUAUCCGAAUAAAGGGAAGAGAUUUGUUACGUUUCAUUCGUAGCAAAAAAUUCAUAUCGAUGGAGCGGAUAGUAUCGACAUUAAAGACUCGUAAAUAUAAGGACCCUUUGUUUCAUCAAUGUCAAGGUGACGUGAUCCUUUAAGUGCUCGCGCGAUCCUCGAACCAGAGAUGGAAGGAAUUUUAUUCGACUAAUAGACGACGAAUAAAGACUUUAAAGCAGUUACUCGAAUAAGGCUUUAUUCGUCCAAUGCAAAUUUGCGAUUAAUCCAUUCGCGGUUGGUUAUUCGUUAAACGAAAUCUGUAUCUAGAUAACCACGUGUCCAUCUCUGUCUCGGACUAGAUGUUGUAUCGUUAACGCAUGUGAUAUCGAAAGCACAGGCCGGUGUUACAUUCUGUGGUGUAAAUAAUGAACGGUUUUUAUGACAAUAAAUGUAGCUGUAUACGACAAAUCGGUAGCGUAAUAAUCAAUAUCCGAAAUAAAACUAUACCAUCGGUCCCCCGAAAUACGACAAGCACGUAUCUAGCUCUGAUUGUCGUUCCAAUGAUCUCGUAUUAUUGCGGAACAGAUGUACAGUUAUUUUCGGACAAAUAAUAACCGCGUGUAUUGUGCGGCGCGUGGAUGUCGAAGAACAGUCGCGGCGAGAUAGUUGAUAUGUUAAUUUGAUUCGUCGCCGCGACAGAGUUGGGCUAAUUUCGUUCCAAAUAACGAAUAGAAAUCGCAUCAGCUGGAUUCAAUUUAUUCGCGAGAGCAAAAUUGAUAUUUCCUUUAACCACCCACCGUGAAGCAGGCCGCGAAAUAUAUAUAAAAAUUAAAAUUAAAAAUGAAAUAAAAUGAAAUGAAAUAUAUACGGUGAGAUCUAUAAGCAUUUGUGCACUCUACAUUUAUUGAAAAAUGCUUGUCUGAAUUAACUGACAGGUUCGAUGUUUUCAAAUAAAUUUUUCGUUCUGAAUAUAUACACGUAUAAAGUAUAUUCGUGUACGUAUUUAUAAUGAAAGAUUUAUUUAGAAACAUCAAGCUUGUCAUUUAAUUUAAACUUUUUUCAACAGGAAUGUUUUUCAUAUCUUCAACUGUGCUUUAUAUUUAUAUUUUUGUACUACACUAUUUCAUUUCCAAGUGUAAAUACUGAUGAUUGUUCAGUUAAUCACUGUAAUAUACUGAGCCAAGCUAUUUCAAUUUUAACUAGCUCGUUUUACUUUUAUUCUACCGAAAAUAUCUGAAAUUCCUAUUCGUUAUUUUGAAUAAAAAUUAGCUCAACUCUGCACCGCGAACACGUCGCCAGGCACGAAGUGCGAUUAGGCGAACAGAGGUCCAUUUAACGCGCGCCCCGAUCAUCGUGGUUCGCGAACGAUCUUGGUAGAAUAUGUAAAUGUAUUAUUUAUCGAUGUUAAUAUCUGAGUUGUGUAUUCAUGUAUAUAUGUACGACAAUAAACGUUGUUUUUACCAUAA